AUGAGAGAACCUAAUUUAUGCUUCCCUUCUCAAAGCAGAGCAGCUGUAUGUAUUACAUCUGCUUUGUAUGAUAGAAGAGCUUUAGAUUGUACAGCCACCUUACCAUUAGUCAACUCCUUGACCCAUCUCGCUUAUCUCACUUCCACUUCGCCAAGAAUCAGAGAAAUUCUUUGUGUAGAUGGCGGUAUAGAAAGACUGGUUCGCAUCUUGACUCAAUCGCAGCAACGGCAACAUCAACAACAAGCACUGAAUAAACUCACCAUUUGGAAAUGGACGCUUGCUUUUCAAAGUGUUGUUAACGUUGGUGUCAGGGGUUCCGAACAGAUUAGAACAAAAGUCGUAGAAGCGGGUAUUAUCCCUUUCAUCAUUAACAACCUGUCUCAGUAUUUAAAAACACACGAAAUAACAUCAUCCAACAAGAAAAAUACCACAAAAAAUAAGAAUGACAAUACCAUUAUGAAUCAUACAAAUACCAACAAUGAUAAUACCACCACCACUACCACCAAUACUACUACAACUGCUGCAGUGCAAGAUAAAAGUUUGAUAGAUACAAAUUCUUCCUUCUCCUCGACUACCACUGCCACUGCUAUUAAUACCACUCCUACCACCGCCGCCACCCAUCAUAAUAACACUACAGCAACUACCAUUACCAGUAACCCAUUACCAUCAUCAGCAUCCUCUUCUGUUUCUAAUGCAGCACAUCAUACAUCUACCACUAAACCCUCAUUCAAACAGCGUCGUCGUUCUACCUUUCCUUAUGUAAAAAUAGAUCCACAACAACGACGUCAUCGCCGUGUUCAUAAGCAACAACAACAACAACAACAACAGGUUGACAACAUUCUAAAUAACAACACUUUAUUUCAAAGAGAAGAAGAUAUCCUUUUAUGCUUGCAAUUAUUAGCUUAUCUCUCAAAAUAUCCUCAUAUCCGUGAUCUAUUUCACACAGCCUAUGAAAAGAACGUUUUUAGCGUAGUAGAAAAAUUUUGUUGUUCCCACCGAUUCCACAACCAUCCUCAUACCCAUAGCAAUAGUAACAAUAAUAGCUCUACCAACGGCCCUAUUCAGUAUUGGGCUGGUGUCAUCAUGAGGAACGCUUGUCGUAGGGAUGAUUCGAAAGGUGGUUUGCGUCGUUGUGCUAAUUUAUCGUGUGGUAAAUGGGAAACGCAACCCAGAGAAUUCGCAAAAUGCAGACGCUGUAGAAAAGCAAAAUAUUGCUCAAAGCCUUGUCAAUCCAAAGCUUGGGCCGAUGGUCAUCGAUGGUGGUGUGUUGAAAGACAAUCCACUACCACUACCACUACCACUACCACUACCCCUACCACUACGGCUGCGACUACCACAACUACUACCACCCAUUCAUCCAUGGCCGUUGCUGCUGCUGCGGCUGCGGCUGCGGCUGCUACUGCUGCAAGAACUACGAAUGAAAUAAAUCAUACGCCAGUAAAUCACGCCACUCCUACUACGACGAUAACGCCGACGCCGACGACGACGAUGACGACUGCGACGGAUGCUGCUGUUCACCCUCCUGCAACUUCUGUUACGAUUCCUUCUACAACAGCUGUGCCUGCAACCCAUGCUACGACAGCGGCCAUUGUCGCUACCCAUAUGAAUCAUGCUGCUGCAUCAGUAGGAAUGAAUCAUAACAACAACAACAACAACAACAACAACAAUCGUCAAGGUGUAAACAAUCAUGGCAAUAUGGAUGCGUUGAUCAUGCCGAGAAAUUCGGGAUUCAGUUAUAUUACUAGGGUACCUGAUCAAUUAGUAUCCCAUCCAUUACAUCAAUCGCAAGAGCACGAUGGCCGGCAUACAACCGUUCAUGGUAAUAGCAGUAAUCGUGCUUCAUCAGCCUCUUCAUCUUCCUCCUCCUCCUCUUCUUCUCCUUCUAAUGCGGCCGCCGCCGCUGCUGCUGCUGCUGCUGCUGCCGCUGCUUUUGCCGCGGCGACUGCUACAAGUGCUAAUACAACAGAUGAUCCCAAUGCCACUUCCACCACCACUACAACAGCAAUUAUGGAUAUGGGUGUACAUAUGGAAUUAUAAGCCCUCCCUCGUUCUU